AUGGAGGACGGGUUUUCCAGCUACAGCAGCCUCUAUGACACCUCUUCGCUGCUGCAGUUCUGUAACGGUAAACUCAUCUCCUCCUGGUCAUCAAUCUGUCUGUGUGCUUAACGUGAGAUGUCACCACUGCCUGAUUUAAACUUAGCACCAAAGAGGUAGUCCCUGCCGGCAGGGCUGUUAUUGCAGGCGUGAUGGCUAUUUUGCAGCUCAAGCUCGACUUAGGGCUUUGAUGAAAGUGAACGUUUAUCCUUGGUGCUGAGAAAGAUGCUGUCUUAUGUGGAAGACAUAGAUGGGAUUGUAGGCUAUAACAUGAACCUAAUUCAGACGUAGCUGGGAACAAUAUUACAAUUUAGAGUUGAACCAUGCGAAAAUAAUAUCAAAACCCGCCGAGGAAAUGUUUCUGCCAAGAAUCUGGGUCGAAGGAUUGUCAACACGCUCUGCAAAAAAUGUCAACCAGCAGGGAAAAAAAGAUAAUGAUCUGGAUGAGGAAAUGGAUAAGGGAUUUAACCAGAUGGUCUGGUCUGUGGCUCCUGUGUUCUCAUAAAGCGUUGUGGAUGUGCUGAUUGUCAUCCGCUUGUAUGCUGGACAGUUCAAGUGUGAUAGCUGGAGACAGGAAGUGGAGUUGGGGUUGCAGGUUAUUAGUAGAGUGAGUGAAGGUGCAUGACACAUCACUUUGUCACAACCAAUCAAUAUCUCUUCUCAACACAGCCUGACGUCUGCCCAGAUACAGGAGACACUGUCUGACAUUCUUACUUAAGAGCUCUGCUGAGCCAAAGGGAGUAGGUUGCCUCUAGACGCUGGUCUUGUUUUACAUUUUGCAUUUCAUCCACCAAUGGUUAAGGUUAGGAUUUGGAUAGGGGAAGCUAUUCCUAGAUCUGUGCCAUGGAGCAAAAUAAACAGAAUACUCAAACAUCAUCUAAUGACGUGGUUGGUUAAUGAAUUAUAGAAGGUUGACGUUAUAGAACUUAAUUACCAUUGUUGAGAAAUGAGACAAUCAAUGACAUUUACAAAGUCAAGUCCUGAACAGAACUUGAUGCUGAAGUGUGCUGUGUGGUGUGCAGGACUUGGUGAUAAUGUCAAUGAUUAACUCAGGCAUGCUGGGUUACCUGAAAAACAGGUGUAAGCUGGUUCAAAAGAAAUAAAGCUUCCUCCUCCGAGGAUGAUGUUGACCUUUCACACUGUCAAUAAUGAUCCUGUAAUCUGACAGAAAGAAGAAAGGUUAUUGCAAUGUGACAUACUGUUUAAUCGCUGUCACACUAAAGGGUGUUUAAUAAUUCAAAUAAGUGCAAGAAUCAAGUCAAAAUCACCUUUAACACUGUUGUCAAACACAAAAAUAUUUACUAAUGUCUCUGGGUUUUGAAUGUUCUCAAGUCUCCCAAUUGGCACAGAACCACGCCCUACUCUGACGUGGUUGACAUUUUCUAAUUCUGUAGUGGGUUAAUGACACUUCUGUGGAAGCGAAAAGCCUGCGAGCGCUUCAAAACACUGCCCUACACGGUUUGUAAUUACUUCAGAAAGUUCCCUCUUACAAGCCAGAAGACGAAACAUACCAAGCUGUUGUGAAUCUGUUGCCAGGGAUUUUCCAAUGUUCUCUCACUAGAAAAACUCACUGUCACACUGAGUGAGGGGCGUGGUUCAUAUCAGGCGAGAGGGCCUCAUUGUUCCAACACACGACUUCGUUGAGUGUGUAGUCUGGAGGCGCUGAGAUCACCCAAUGGUGCGCUGGCCAGCUGUAGAACUGUCUGUAAAAGUCAUGUCAUUUUGUUCUUGAACGCUUCAUUUGUUAGCCAACCAGACUAAUGGCAGGGGGACUGGGUCAGCGACUCAACAAACUAGAAAAGCAUUAUUUUGUCCUGAGGAGAUGGGCUACUAAGGGAAAUUAGCCCCAUUAGUAGUGCAGUAGUCCAAUUAUCAGGGAACUGUAUUUCUAGAAGAGGAUCUACAGUGUUGAAUGUAUCCUCCACAACUCUGGAAUGCCUUUAAUACUGGCAGUGGAUCAGCUGGUCAUAUCCACUUAGUGUUGUUAUGAAUGAUCAGCUAAUAGACGACGACCUGGUAAAUCCAGAGAAUUCACUCUCUUUCCCUGGCAACAAGAUGGAAGUUCCUUCAGAUUUCACCAGACAUCCUUGUCACUGCCCUACAUCCCCGCUCCUCUAGGGCCUACUGUGCUGGCCCUACCCACAGCAUCACCAAUGUCGCCAAGAGAUUGGUACUUGGCACAGUAACCAACAGAGUGGCACAGUCCCCCCCCCCCCCCCCCCCCCGUAAAGCCGUUAACCAAAGCAUGUGCAACGGGUCUGGUUGAAGAAACCUGUUUGGGUUGUUAAGGCAGCGUCAGGAUGACCUCACCUAGCAGCCUUUCUUUUCCUCCUCCUGGCUAAUGUUCUGUUGUCGGAUACGAAGCCAUUAACUGCUCCGCUCCUGGGGACUGUGGAGCGUCUUGUCUGAAACCGCAGACUGGCUGAGUGGCUGUAGCUGCCCUCACUGUUGCCAGUUCAGAAAUUAUUCUACUUAUGUAAUGCCAACCGUCUGAUCGCCAUGUGAUGUAUGAAUCAUCUGCUUUUAUAACAUGAUGUACACUACCUAGCAGUGCUAAUUUUGGCCCAGUCAGAUAUAGUGUAGUGGUGAGAGGAGUUAUUUACCCAGUCAGAUAUAGUGUAGUGGUAAGAGGAGUUAUUAACCCAGUCAGAUAUAGUGUAGUGGUAAGAGGAGUUAUUAACCCAGUCAGAUAUAGUGUAGUGGUAAGAGGAGUUAUUAACCCAGUCAGAUAUAGUGUAGUGGUAAGAGGAGUUAUUAACCCAGUCAGAUAUAGUGUAGUGGUAAGAGGAGUUAUCUAACCCGUCAGAUAUAGUGUAGUGGUAAGAGGCAGGUUAUUAACCCAGUCAGAUAUAGUGUAGUGGUAAGAGGGAGUUAUUAACCAGUCAGAUAUAGGUUAGUGGCUAAGAGGACGUUAUUUAACCCAGUCAGAAUAUAGUGUAGUGGUAUGGAAGCGAGUUAUGAACCCAGCAGAUAUCGUGAUAGUGGUAAGAGGAGUUAUUUAACCCAGUCAAGAUAUAGGUAGUUCGUGAUGAGGGUUAUUUACCCCAGUCAGAUAUAGUGUGAGUGGGUGUGCCUGAGAGGAGUUAUUACCCCAGUCAGAUAUAGUGUAGUGGUAAGAGGAGUUAUUAACCCAGUCAGAUAUAGUGUAGUGGUGAGAGGAGUUAUUUAACCCAGUCAGAUAUAGGUAGUGGUCUAAGAGGAGUUAUUAACCCAGUCAGAUAUAGUGGUAAGAGGAGUUAUUAACCCAGUCAGAUAUAGUGUAGUGGUGAGAGGAGUUAUUAACCAGUCAGAUAUAGUGUAGUGGUAAGAGGAGUUAUUAACCCAGUCAGAUAUAGUGUAGUGGUAAGAGGAGUUAUUAACCCAGUCAGAUAUAGUGUAGUGGUAAGAGGAGUUAUUAACCCAGUCAGAUAUAGUGUAGUGGUAAGAGGAGGUAUUAACCCAGUCAGAUAUAGUGUAGUGGUAAGAGGAGUUAUUAACCCAGUCAGAUAUAGUGUAGUGGUAAGAGGAGUUAUUAACCAGUCAGAUAUAGUGUAGUGGUAAGAGGAGUUAUUAACCAGUCAGAUAUAGUGUAGUGGUGAGAGGAGUUAUUAACCCAGUCAGAUAUAGUGUAGUGGUAAGAGGAGGUUAUUAACCAGUCAGAUAUAGUGUAGUGGUAAGAGGAGUUAUUAACCCAGUCAGAUAUAGUGUAGUGGUAGAGGAGUUAUUAACCCAGUCAGAUAUAGUGUAGUGGUAAGAGGAGUUAUUAACCCAGUCAGAUAUAGUGUAGUGGUUAAGAGGAGUUAUUAACCCAGUCAGAUAUAGUGUAGUGGUAAGAGGAGUUAUUAACCCAGUCAGAUAUAGUGUAGUGGUAAGAGGAGUUAUUAACCCAGUCAGAUAUAGUGUAGUGGUAAGAGGAGGUAUUAACCCAGUCAGAUAUAGUGUAGUGGUGAGAGGAGUUAUUAACCCAGUCAGAUAUAGUGUAGUGGUAAGAGGAGGUUAUUAACCCAGUCAGAUAUAGUGUAGUGGUAAGAGGAGUUAUUAACCCAGUCAGAUAUAGUGGUAAGAGGAGUUAUUAACCAGUCAGAUAUAGUGUAGUGGUAAGAGGAGUUAUUAACCCAGUCAGAUAUAGUGUAGUGGUAAGAGGAGUUAUUAACCCAGUCAGAUAUAGUGUAGUGGUAAGAGGAGUUAUUAACCCAGUCAGAUAUAGUGUAGUGGUAAGAGGAGUUAUUAACCCAGUCAGAUAUAGUGUAGUGGUAGAGGAGUUAUUUACCCAGUCAGAUAUAGUGGUUCGUGGUAAGAGGAGUUAUUUACCCAGUCAGAUAUAGUGUAGUGGUAAGAGGAGUUAUUAACCCAGUCAGAUAUAGUGUAGUGGUAAGAGGAGUUAUUAACCAGUCAGAUAUAGUGUAGUGGUGAGAGGAGUUAUUAACCAGUCAGAUAUAGUGUAGUGGUAAGAGGAGGUAUUAACCCAGUCAGAUAUAGUGUAGUGGUGAGAGGAGUUAUUAACCAGUCAGAUAUAGUGUAGUGGUGAGAGGAGUUAUUAACCAGUCAGAUAUAGUGUAGUGGUAAGAGGAGUUAUUAACCCAGUCAGAUAUAGUGUAGUGGUGAGAGGAGUAUUAACCCAGUCAGAUAUAGUGUAGUGGUGAGAGGAGUAUUAACCCAGUCAGAUAUAGUGUAGUGGUGAGAGGAGUUAUUAACCCAGUCAGAUAUAGUGUAGUGGUAAGAGGAGUUAUUAACCAGUCAGAUAUAGUGUAGUGGUAAGAGGAGUUAUUAACCCAGUCAGAUAUAGUGUAGUGGUGAGAGGAGUUAUUAACCCAGUCAGAUAUAGUGUAGUGGUGAGAGGAGUUAUUAACCAGUCAGAUAUAGUGUAGUGGUAAGAGGAGUUAUUAACCAGUCAGAUAUAGUGUAGUGGUAGAGGAGUUUUAACCAGUCAGAUAUAGUGUAGUGGUAAGAGAGUUAUAACCAGUCAGAUAUAGUGUAGUGAAGAGGAGUUAUUACCCAGUCAGAUAUAGUGUAGUGGUAGAGGAGUUUAACCAGUCAGAUAUAGUGUAGUGGUAAGAGGAGUUAUUAACCCAUAGUGUAGAGGGUAUUAGUGUAGUGGUGAGAGGAGUGAUUAACCCAGUCAGAUAUGUUGUAGCUGGUUAAGAGGAUUAAACCAGUCAGAUAUAGUGUAGUGGUAAGGGAGUUAUUUACCCAGUCAGAUAUGUGUAGUGGUAAGAGGAGUGAUUAACCCAGGUCAGAUAUUAGUGUCGUGGUUAGAGGAGUUAUUAACCCAGUCAGAUAUAGUGUAGUGGUUAGAGGGUUAUUAACCCAGGUCAGAUGAUAGUGUAGUGGUGAGAGGAGUUAUUAACCCAGUCAGAUAUAGUGUAGUGGUAAGAGGAGUUAUUUACCCAGUCAGCAUAUAGUGUAGUGGUAAAGAGGAGUUAUUAACCCAGUCAGAUAUAGUGUAGUGGUGAGAGGAGUUAUUAACCCAGUCAGAUAUAGUGUAGUGGUAAGAGGAGUUAUUAACCCAGUCAGAUAUAGUGUAGUGGUAAGAGGAGUUAUUAACCCAGUCAGAUAUAGUGUAGUGGUAAGAGGAGUUAUUAACCCAGUCAGAUAUAGUGUAGUGGUAAGAGGAGUGUAUUAACCCAGUCAGAUAUAGUGUAGUGGUAAGAGGAGUUAUUAACCCAGUCAGAUAUAGUGUAGUGGUAAGAGGAGUUAUUAACCCAGUCAGAUAUAGUGUAGUGGUAAGAGGAGUUAUUAACCAGUCAGAUAUAGUGUAGUGGUGAGAGGAGGUAUUAACCCAGUCAGAUAUAGUGUAGUGGUGAGAGGAGUUAUUAACCCAGUCAGAUAUAGUGUAGUGGGUAAGAGGAGUUAUUAACCAGUCAGAUAUAGUGUAGUGGUAAGAGGAGUUAUUAACCCAGUCAGAUAUAGUGUAGUGGUGAGAGGAGUUAUUAACCCAGUCAGAUAUAGUGUAGUGGUAAGAGGAGUUAUUAACCCAGUCAGAUAUAGUGUAGUGGUAAGAGGAGUUAUUAACCCAGUCAGAUAUAGUGUAGUGGUGAGAGGGGUUAUUAACCCAGUCAGAUAUAUUGUAGUGGUUAGAGGAGUUACAGUGCUGUGAAAAAGUGUUUGCCCCCUUUCUAAUUUUCUCUACUUUUGCAUAUUUGUGAUACUGAAUGUUAUCAGAUCUUCAACCAAAACCUAAUAUUAGAUAAAGGGAACAUAAGUGAACAAAUAACACAACAAUUAAAUAUUUAUUUAUUUAUUUCAUAAAUAAAGUUAUGCAACACCCAAUUCCCCUGUGUGAAAAAGUAAUUGCCCGCUUACUCUCAAUAACUGGUUUUGCCACCUUUAGCUGUAAUGACUCCAACCAAAUGCUUCCUGUAGUUGUUGAUCAGUCUCUCACGUCGCUGUGGAGGAAUUUUGGCCCACUCUUCCAUGCAGAACUGCUUUAACUCAGUGACGUGUGGGUUUUCAAGCAUGAACUACUCGUUUCAAAUCCUGCCACAACAUCUCAAUUGGGAUUAGGUCUGGACUUUGACUAGGCCAUUCCAAAACUUCCAAUUUGUUGCUUUUUAGCUAUUUUCAUGUAGACUUGAUUGUGUGUUUUGGAUCAUUGUCUUGCUGCAUGACCCAGCUGCGCUUCAGCUUCAGCUCACAGACGGAUGGUCUGACAUUCUCCUGUAGAAUUCUCUAAUACUGUCGUCCAGGUCCUGAGGCAGCAAAGCAUCCCCAAACCAUCACACCACCACCACCAUGCUUGACCUUUGGUAUGAUGUUCUUACUGUGGAAUGCAGAGUUUGGUUUUCGCCAGGCAUAAUGGGACCCAUCUCGUCCAAAAAGUUGACUCAAGUUUGCCAAAAAGCACCUGGAUGAUGAUCAAGACUCUUGGAAGAACAUUCUAUGGACAGAUGAUUCAAAAGUAUACGUUUUUGGACAACAUGGUUCCAGUAAUGCCUGGCGAAAACCAAACUCUGCAUUCCACAGUAAGAACAUCAUACCAAAGGUCAAGCAUGGUGGUGGUGGUGUGAUGGUUUGGGGAUGCUUUGCUGCCUCAGGACCUGGACGACUUGCCUUAAUAGAAGGAACCAUGAAUUCUGCUCUGUAUCAGAGAAUUCUACAGGAGAAUGUCAGACCAUCCGUCAUCAGCAGGCUACUGGUGAUGUUACCAGGGUUACGUUCAGCAGGUUACUGGUAAUGUUACCAGGGUUACGUUCAGCAGGCUACUGGUAAUGUUACCAGGGCCACGUUCAGUAGGCUACUGGUAAUGUUACCAGGGUUAUGUUCAGCAGGCUACUGGUAAUGUUACCAGGGCUACGUUCAGCAGGCUACUGGUAAUGUUACCAGGGUUACGUUCAGCAGGUUACUGGUAAUGUUACCAGGGCCACGUUCAGCAGUUUACUGGUAAUGUUACCAGGGCCACGUUCCGUUGCAAAACAAACUCAAACAUUGCAGAUAGAAAUUUCCUGAAUAGAGCUGACAUUAUUCCUUAUUCAACAUGUCAGAGAGGCAUGUUUGUUCCACAUAGCAUAUUUAUAUCUGAACGUUCCAAAACGUUGCGUCCUGCUGAACGCGCCCCCAGGUUGUUAGCUAUAUCUAGCCAAUGAGGUUACAUGACAGAACAAGGUGUAGCCUAAACAAAUGGUUAACGGUCAUGUCCGCAAGUAGCCUAAUUUUAGACCGGCCCGCGAUAUGUUUUAUGAAUGUAAAAUGUGGCCUGUCAAUGCACGAUAGAAAGAAGAAGAAAAAACGUAGCGUCGGUAUUAUAGGUCAUAUCUCUUGAACGGUAAGGGCUAGAAUUAAGCCGAGGAAAAGGAGACUUGGCUACGUUCCUAUGCGUUGCAGUGGAGAAAGUGGGAAUGUUGAGCAAGACUACAAAUUCAAACACUGCCUACUUUUCUAUACACUUAAGGGAGCUAGACGAUUGUUUUACUUCUUAAACUCAACGCUGCUAUUGUUUUUAAUUUCGUAAAGCUGCUUGUGUUUCUUAACCAGGCAAAGGGUAGCUUACUAGAAGGCUGGUGGUGACUGGUUAGCUACGGGGAAGCAAGAGUCGCCUGGGUUGGGGGUAAAAUCGGAGGCGGGAGCCGGAGCGGAGCCUGUCUGCCCGCACCCAUCGCUUGCUCCCCCGCAGCUCAACCAGCUGAUGUAGGCUAGGCUGUGUGUGCCGGGUGUGGCGCGUCCUUCCCCCUGUUGAACAGAACAGCACUGCUCAUCUCUGCUGCUAAUAUUAAUUGUGCUUAUCACUGAAAAGCUCUCAAUCUCUCCAAAAACUCUUGUCCAGUCCACUUAGUAGUCCAAUUUUAGUCACAGUUUUAGUCAACUGAAAUGAAAAAUCAUUUUUGUUUAGUUAUAGUUUUUUUCUGGGUUUGUUUAGUCAGAUAUAGUUGCGUCAAUUGCCUCAGAAAAUUAUGUUUUUGACGACUAUUUUUGUCACUUUUUGAUGAUGAAAUUAACACUGCUACCUGUACCUUUAUCCUCAGUGUGAUGAUAGUCUUACUGAAAGGGCUUGGUUCAUGGUAGUAUGAAGCAGCACCAUGAAUACAUGGAGGGACUGAAAGUAAAAGUUAUAUAUUUUCUGAUUCAAUCCAUAAGGUCUUUGCCUGCGUUAUUCAAAUGCAAUUAGUCUAAUUCAUCAAUGUCUAAGUGUCCAGUAAAACAGAUAUACUGGAGAAGUUAACAUCUGUUUCAUCAAACAUCGGGCAAGUCAUUUCAUGUUGUGUAUCAUACAUACAUACAGUGACAGCAUGGCCAUGAUUUUCCUUUCAUCUUUGCAUUCUGCCUGUUCUUCCAUCAACCCACGAUGACCCUUAUUAACUAUGGAACACGGCAUCAUCAACCCACGAUGACCCUUAUUAAACUAUGGAACACGGUGUCAUCAACCCACGAUGACCCUUAUUAACUAUGGAACACUGUGUCAUCAACCCACGAUGACCCUUAUUAACUAUGGAACACUGUGUCAUCAACCCACGAUGACCCUUAUUAACUAUGGAACACUGUGUCAUCAACCCACGAUGACCCUUAUUAACUAUGGAACACUGUGUCAUCAACCCACGAUGACCCUUAUUAACUAUGGAACACGGCGUCAUCAACCCACGAUGACCCUUAUUAAACUAUGGAACACGGCGUCAUCAACCCACGAUGACCCUUAUUAAACUAUGGAACACGGCAUCAUCAACCCACGAUGACCCUUAUUAAACUAUGGAACACGGUGUCAUCAACCCACGAUGACCCUUAUUAAACUAUGGAACACGGCGUCAUCAACCCACGAUGACCCUUAUUAAACUAUGGAACACGGCGUCAUCAACCCACGAUGACCCUUAUUAAACUAUGGAACACGCAGAGAACAGCGUAAAGGCGCGUGCUAAAUACAUGUCUGAAAUACAUAGUGUAGCUAAUGCUUCCUGAGGUGCCCUACUGUGAGGAUGAGUGUAAUAAGGAGGUUAGUGACAGCAGGUCAUCGCCUCUUUUCCUCGUAAUGUUCCCAUCUGUGGAAGGGAGAGUGGAAACAGCAGUGAGAGUGUCUGUGUUUGGGGGGGGGGCGGGGGAUGGAAGUAUAAGCCGCUAGCAUUUUGAAUGUGUAAGAUGCAGACAGAUAAUGAGGUCAUGAAACACAUGCAGGGGGAAUACAACUCCUCCACACAAGCAUUCCUUGAGCUGCAUUUCAUGCGUAUGAAUAACAAUGGGAGAGCAUGAUAAAAGUGCAAUGUUCUAUUGGAUGUGUGGAAGUGUUGGUGCGAGAGGUAUUCUACUGCUGGGGCUUUGCAGUUUAGUACAGGGAGCUGGAGGGGUCAUAAAUCAUCAAACUUUCAGCAGCAGGAUUCCGGGGAGAAGCUGUUUAGUGCUCUGGUUAACGUUGAGGAGGUAUCUCCUCAUUCCUCGUCUGGGUCGUGCUCGUUGGAUACCAACCGAAAGACAAGGGACCAAAACUGAGAGGGACGUCCUGGACUUGUCCAAUAAGAAACAUUCAUUUUCGUUUUCCGUUAGAAAAUUGUUUUAAAACCUUUUCUGCAUGUAAUAGGGAACACAACCCUGAUGUUAAAAGGAUUCAGCACAACUCUACGGGAAACAAAGGUUUGUUCAUAACAAAUUCUGGAGCUAACAGGAUUAUUCCAAUCUGGUAUUUGGAUUUAAUAUGUAAAUAGUUAGACCAGUAAGCCAACUGUAAUGUAUGUUUCACUGAAAAUAUUAUGACCAGUGGAUGAAUUCAAUUAGUAUCCCCCGAGUGGCGCAGUGGUCUAAGGCACUGCAUCGCAGUGCUAGCUGUGCCACUAGAGAUCCUGGUUUCGAUUCCAGGCUCUGACGUAGCCGGCCGCGACCGGGAGACCCAUGGGGCAGCGCACAAUUGGCCCAGGGUAGGGGAGGGAAUGGCCGGCAGGGAUGUAGCUCAGUUGGUAGAGCAUGGCGUUUGCAACGCCAGGGUUGUGGGUUCGUUUCCAGGGGGGGGGGGGGGGCAGUAUGAAAAAUAAAAUACAAAUAAUGUAUGUAUGUGUCGCUCUGGAUAAGAGCGUCUACUAAAAUGUAAAAUGUAAAUGUAGUAUGAGAAGGUGAUCACUGAGCGGUGAGCGCAGUUAUUUAAUUAUCGUGUAAUUCUCUGUAUUUGCAUACUACCCCACCCCAAGGCCAGGGCCCAUCACAUGUCCUGGCUUCACCUUAUAAAUCAAAGCCAUAUUUUCAUUGCCCAGUUCUAAUCUUACCAGAUAUAAUUAACCUGAUGCUGGUUAGAGUGUCUCUCAGAGCUGAGUGGUUUGAUUGGUUGAUUGCUGUUAUUACAGGGGGAAAUGGGAAAUAAGCCCAGUUAAGUAGAUGGAUGGCUAAGAGAUGCCAUUCCCAUUAGCUUGUGGUUGUAUACUUAAGCAAUAAGGCCAGAGGGGGUGUGGGAUAUGGCCAAUAUACCACGGCUAAGGGCUGUUCUUAUGCACGACGCAACACAGAGUGCCUGGAUACAGCCCUUAGCCGUGGUAUAUUGGCCAUAUAUCACAAACCCCCGAGGUGCCUUAUUGCCAUUAUAAACUGGUUACCAACCUAAUUAGAGCAGUACAAAUAAAUGUUUUGUCAUACCAGUGGUAUACGGUCUGAUAUACCACGGCUGCCAGCCAAUCAGCAUUCAGGGCUCGACCCACCCAGUUUAUACAGAGAAAUAUAUAUAGAAAACAUUAAAUAUCCCAUCUAAGGGAAUAAAGAGAAUGAGAUCAAUGAAAUUCAUUUUCAAAAGUAUUCAAGUAGCUUUUGGUGGUUCAGUCUUUCCCCUCAAAUACUAGUUAAGUUUUACUCUGCCUUUAUGCGGUCUUUGUGCCCCUAUAAGGAUAGUUUUAUAAACAAGGUUGCAUUUCUGGGCCAUUCUUCUAAGCCAACUGCUUGACAUAUGAUCAGGCCCAUACAUCGUAUCUGGCCUGGAACGUCCCUGAUUGUCCAAUGUUUCUCUUCUCAUUUGAUUUCCACACCAUGUAAAUCCCAACUCUUACAACAACACUGUCUGAAUAAGCCCAAAGUUCCCUGCCGUUUGUUAUUCGUGCACAAAGCCUUGUUUGUGGGAGAAAAGGUUGGCCAAUCGGGCACACUGAAAAGAGCAUUGUGUCAAAGUAGGGAGUCGAGCAAACCAUGACAUAUAUAUAUGGCCCUUAUGUUCUGCCCCACUUCUUAAAGUCAAAGCUGUGUGUAUGUGUGUGUGUGUGUGUGUGUGUGUGUGAAUCCUUAAUUGCCAUCAGGGCACUGGUGUACCCUCCUCCCAUAGAGAUUGGUGAUGAGUCAGCAGAAAAGGCUGCCUCAUUUCUAUGCUGCGUUCUAUCAGUUUUUGCUGUGUUCUAUGAUGGAGUGAGUAACUUACCGUAAGCUGGGGCCUGGGCGAGGCUUGGAGCGGGUCCUAGGGAAUGCGUGGAUGAUGAAUGUAGAAAGGUGGGAGGGAGUUCUUCAUCUGGAUAGAGACAGGAUCCCAAUAUCAUACAACGUUACCAGCCCUGUGCGGCCAUUGCAACACAUGGUAUCAGCUGUACCUUUCUUUGUUAGUGUCCAGUUUUACUAGUCAACUGGACGAUUAGAGCCCUGUUUAAUUGGUUGGCAUACAAAUUAGUUUUUUUGCUUGUUGGCUCUGGUAAAUGUCUCUUCUCAGAUGAGGCCAGAUUGCUUUUACACACAGUGCCUAUAAAACAUGUAUUUACUGUUAAUAGGAGAGCAAAAAUAAUUUAGGAGAGUAAAAUAAUUUAAUAAAAAUGACCUUGGACAGAUGUUUUAGCGUGGACAGGAAUCAAGAGAGAGAGCGGACAUUUUGUGGCAUCUUACCCAUGUUCACCCAGCUGUUGUUGUUGUUGUCCCAGAGACCUACACACUACAAUGUCAGUUGAGGUAAACAGAACCUGCAUCAAUGAGAAGAUACAUCUAUACCCCCAACCCAACCCCCCCUUGAGUUUAUAGUGAUAACCAUUGACCAAUAUGGGCACAGUAUCCCCCUCCUUAAUACUCUGCCUGCAUUGUGGCCGCUCGCUCUUUAACAGAAGCUCUGGAGAGGAACGCAAUGGGACUCCUCUGUGUUCCUUCUCUGGUCUCGUGCCACUGAGCCUGGUGGGGAAUGGAGGGGUGAGUGUGAGUGUGUGUGUGUGUGUGUGUGUGUGUGUGUGUGUGGAGUUGCACGUGUGUGUGUUUGUGUGGGUGGACGUGUGGGGGAAAAGGAGGCUGCUGUGGUUGGUCCUGCCUCAGAGAGCACUGCCAGGCUGGAUCUCUUGACUGUCCUCUGACUGAAAUUGUAUGAUUAGACUAUAGCCUAUAUAGCAAACAACAGUCGGUCCACCCAUCUCCCCAGUGCUUGCCACUCUCCUGGGACCUUUUACAGACAGAGCAGAGGGGGUUUGACAGAAUCGGUGGAGGGGGACGACCCAUUGUGCUCCCAGCAUUGUGCUCCCAGCAUUGUGCUCCUAGCAUUGUGCUCCUAGCAUUGUGCUCCUAGCAUUGUGCUCCCAGCAUUGUGCUCCCAGCAUUGUGCUCCUAGCAUUGUGCUCCUAGCAUUGUGCUCCUAGCACUCAGUUUUCAUGUAUCCCUUAGUGCUGAGCAAUUAACCGAAAUAUUGGUUAUUUUUAGUUUUUUUAAACAACUAAUUGACAGACAGUUCAAUUAUUUUGUUAUUUGUUUAUAGUUUUAUCUGAAUGACCAUAAUCCAUUGCGCGGCUAUUUGUCCGGUCUGUGUUUCUUUUGCGCCCGCUAUGUAGGUGAAAGAAGAAUGCUUGAUCAAGAGUGGAUACCAAGAGAGCAGUUUCUUCGUGAGGUAUCUCUACCUGAAAAUACAUGAUCUAAGUGAUUGAUAGUUGGUAUUCAGCAGUCAUAAAAGCCUGCCUUAUUUACUUUGAAGAAACUACUAAUAUAGUGAUUUAGUCAGACAGCAGCUCUAUAGAGAUGAGAUGAUGACUUGGAAUGAAAUAAUAAAGUCAUCAAAUAAAACAAAUGUAAUAUACACAACAACUGAAAUGUUUUAUUCAAGUAAUGUGAAUAACUGAUGGUUAAUAAGUGAUAAGCAGUAAUGGGCAGUCACUACCAUCAUGGGACUUUUGUUAAUAGUUUUAUUCUGUGUUGUUACAGCAUUCAACCCACAUAAUGCAUAGUGCAUUUAAUGUAAAAAACUAAACAAAUUCAUCUAAACUGAAAUCGUGAUUAUUUUUUAAAUAAUCUAACUGAAAACAAACCGACCUCAAAAAGCACUAAUCUCUUAGCACUAGUAUCCCUUCAACCAGACCUUGUAAACACCACACAAUGCUUCACAUAUCUCUUUCAUCUCCCCAGACGCACCAAGAUCCAUCUCUGAGGUGACCUCGCCUUGAUUUCCAGGCUUCUUCACGUUUGUCUUGGGAGUAUGGUAAUGCAGGACUAGGUCAGACCGACCGUUCCCUAAUGAAACCCUAAGCCAGCAGGGUGUAAAACUGGGGGAGGGCGUGUGGUUCUAAUGCUGUUACACGUUGACCGCUGUUUGACCUGAGGAAGGAUGUGGCUGAUGUCAGGAGGAUUCUUGAGUAUUCCUCCAAGGACAUCUGGUGGGGUCCCAGGGGGAAGUUGGGCCCCUCGAUCAUCUAGAAUCUUCCUCCUUUCUUUCCUCUUUUACACAGGUCAUCGAAAAAUAUAAGCGGUCCCUCUGAUCCUCCCCGUACUAUUUAUAGGCCCUAAGCCCCGGCCGUUCCAGCAGAAGCCAGGGCGUGCGUUAGCCAAAUGGACAAACUGUAAUCUGUCCAGCUCAUUGGCUAAUACACCUCUGUCAGUUGACCCACCACCUCUCAAUGACAGCUGGGUUAGAUUAGGUUGGAUACUACAAUGUGAGUGUUUUGUGCCUAAUUAGCGAUGGGACCCGGGCAGAUAUGCGCUGAAAGGUGGUGCGUGGUGUUACCCACCAGGGAUGGGCAACUAGUUGUUCCCUUGUGAUGUCAGUCACUUAUAGUCACUCAAUUAGCGCACGUCAGCAAAACAUUUUUAGAUUGGUAAGUUAGUCUAUCGGCCAGCUAUCUACACUUAGCAAUCAUUGUCGAAUUACCGGCGUGGGGGCCCCCUAUUUGAUUUCAGUCUCACUCAGAUAUCAUAUUUAAACCUGUAAACAUUUCUUUCCACCCUAUGGAAAAAUGUGUAGAAUUGCAGGAAAUUAGCUGUAAAACAGCAAAUGUUCCUCUCUGUCCCAUGGCAAAAUGUGUAGAAUUGCAAAAAAUUAUACGUCAAAUAUUUCUCUCCGCUGUCAAAAGGGGGGCUGUACGCACAUGUGGGUACGCAGACCCGCGAGCAACUGCGGGCCCUCAUGAUGAGUUCCGAUUUUUUGUGGCCCCCCGCCCCCAUCAAAGUUUCCCAUCCCUGCACUAGACUAACCCCAACAAUAUGCUUUUAACUCAAUUUUAUCUGACUUGAUUCACAGCUUCUCAAUCAGGGAGUGACCGUUCAGACAAAUUGAAUCUGGAGGAUGAUGAACUUUAGGUGUCAUCCUGCAAGCCAGUCAAUGAAUUGUGAUCUUUGUUCAUGGCCUUGAGGAAAAAAAGGAUUGGUUGAAAGACUCGUAUCAGCCCCACGAUUUAAUCAUUUUCCAUUUGAGAGCCAGUGUUAGGUUAAAUCUGCCUUUUGGAAAGCACUUUGUGCUAAUCUGCUAGGCUUUCAGUGAAGCCAGGCCGCCAGAUGGAUUUCGUGUAGAAAUGGUGUCUGUAGCAUGACUCACUGGUCCUGAGAGAUGUGACGCCUGCUGUCGGUGCUUACAGUCCCGUUUUCAUAAGUCAAUUUAGCUCUAUUGUUUGGCCUCUCCAGCAUACUGAAGGGAAAUAUAAUGCACAUCAAUCACACAGCUAGGACUGAUAUAUUUUCUCCUAGAGAGGCAACAGCCUAGAAAUAUGACAACAUUCUGAGAUAAUCUUAUGAAGCAACAAAGAUGAGUCCUCUGUGGCGAUUCCUUUCCAUUUCUCUUUCAUUUCUUGUUCAUUUCUCCUUCACUUCUCAUCUCAAUCUCACCUCAGAUGCCGCCAUUCUGGCUAAUAUAAAGUCAAGCAGAGUGAGUCAGCGAGAUAGAUAGAUAGCGCAGGCAGACGAGAUGUAUUAUUAAUGAUGUUACACCGGAAUACAUAGACAGAAAGAGAGUCACCCUCUGCUUUGAUCAUGCACAAUCCACAGCAGCCCCUUUUUACUCCUGUCUCCUCGGUGCACCGUUAACUAGACCUGUCGGAGGCUGCCAGAAGCUUGUGAAAUGGAUGGGGGGGAAAGGGGGAGGUUAAGGUGCAUUAAUGGCAUAAGGUGCUUGAAAAAAGCUACUCAGAAAUGUCUGUGGUGCAAAGUAGAGUGCCUUGCUUCCUCUUGGCUGCCUUAGGUCGAAACGCCAAGGAUCGGUUGAUCCGCAUGCGCUUAAAGAAGCAGACGUGGCCGUUCACCCGUCACGACAUUGGUUAUUUUUGGAGAAAGGUAAUCACAGUGAGGAAUAUGUUGAUGGAGAACCAUUUGGGAGAAUGUUGAUGGACAGGUGGAUGGGUUAGCAGAGAGAGAGAGGAGCGGCUACAAGGAUUGUUCUCUAAUUGAGUCUGACACUUCUUGGGACAGCAUCUACCCUGAGCGGAUUGGUAUUGACACGGAGGUUAAAGAGGACAGCCAGAUAGAUACAAGCCCACUACACAAACGUCUCGGCUUCGAGACAAAACAAGGUGCAAUUGAAAGACAACAAACAGAAUGUUUUGUGCGUUCUUUUUCUCACGGCUUUCCGCUUAGAAAUAUAUCAUCUUCUGUCCUAUGACCUGAUCCAGUGUUUCUCAACCUUUUUGGUACCAGGCCCAGGCUCUGGCAAACAAUGGUAUUUCCUGUACCAGGGAUCGACAAGCAAUGGUCCUUCCUGUACCAGGGAUUGACAAGCAAUGGUCCUUCCUGUACCAGGGACUGGCAAGCAAUUGUCCUUCCUGUGCCAGGGAUUGACAAGCAAUGGUCCUUCCUCCUUGGGGACAGUUAACAUUCAAUUAGCGCUUGAGAACCUUCUCAGGAACUGGUCGGCAUCAUCGCAGGGACCGGUACUGUCUCAUGAAGGAGCAUCUUUCGGGGAGGAGAACACCGAUGUGUGUUUACUCUGAUUCCAUUGCCUGACUUAUUCUCUCUGUUUUUGAGCAGUCUGCUGUGGGAGUAGUCAAUUCCAUUGAGAGCCCAGGUGACAUUAGUGAGCGGUACAAUCGGCUAACCAAUCGCAGCGGUAUCGGGGCUGUGACAGGCAGUCAUUGUAUCCGUGCUCGUACCAUGCCCCAAGCAGCUGCUAGCACUGAGAUUUGGGCUUUGUACUUCUUUAGAGAACAUCGCUGUAAUAGCAGAUCCGGCUUUACAGCUGAAUCUAAAGAAGGCCUCCAUUAAAGGAAUCAUUUAUAGUCUAAUAAAAAGCCUUCACAUUGGGUUUAGGCGGCCCUUUGUUUGAGUAUCGUAUGUUUAAAGGCCUAGUAAGUAAGUUAGACGUCUUCCUCAUUAUUUAUUUGUCAUCGUGAUUGAUUUGGUUUGUGCACCUUUAUUUCCCAUCAAAGCCAAUUUUCUAGAAUCUACAGUCCAUGGUUGGUUUUCAUUAAGGGAAAUCAAUCUAAUGUGAGUUCAGAUAAUUUGUAGUGUAACCUGUUAGGUUAACGUAACACUCCAAUGAUCCUGGAACCAUGGAGCAUGCAGAACCUAUCUAACCUACUAAGAGAUUGACUGUAGUGCAGAUCAAAUUGAAAGGGACGAGCCAUGAAAGAAGACCACACCACCUUGACCUUGAUGUUAGUAUAUCUCAUUCAGAUCUAUCCAUCUACGGUGUACUCCCAUGACUAACGGUAGCCUAUUAUAGAACUAUGUCUGAAGGCUAUCCGGCAGCAUGGGCCCAGUGUGAAACGGUGUUGAGGCUUAGCCUGGCCUGUCUCUCCAAUGGGGCAUUAAUCAACAGGGUACAGUAAUGCCUGUAAUCAUUACUGUAGGGAUGCGAAGUGAAUUUAAAGUGGGGGCAGCUGGAGGCCACGAGGAAGGGCUUUGAACGGAUGGACAAACAGACCAACAGGCCGGGAGGCUAAUAUGCGAACAGACAUGACAGACAUGACAAAGACAGACAGACAGAGAGCUCAUGAAUAAAGCUGUCUUGUACAAAAGCCUUUGCCCUUUGAGUUUGAGGGGUGUCGGCUGCUGGGUGGCUGGCUGGGGCUGUGUGGGGCUAUUGAUCUGACGGAUGGGGACGGUGACGGGCAUCACGGUACAUUUGGCACCGCCACCACUGUUCUGUAGAUUUGUCAGAUGCUGAUGUUCCAUGGAUGGUGCACAGAUGUACUAAACUACGCUAAUACCAAAAUCAUUCAAGGACACAGAGAGAGAGAAAGCCAUAAUCAAUACAGAAGCUACUGCAACAACACUCUAGGAGCCUGUGAGAUACAUGUGACCACCAUUGUGUGUGUGUGUGUGUGUGUGUGUGUGUUUGUGCGUGCGUGCGUGUGUGUCGUCCCCAGAUGACAGUGUGUCGGCAGCCAGCAGCAUGGAGGUGACGGACCGCAUCGCCUCCCUGGAGCAGCGUGUCCAGAUGCAGGAGGACGAGAUCCAGCUGCUCAAGUCGGCGCUGGCCGACGUGGUGCGCCGCCUCAGCAUCUCUGAGGAGCAAAACACCGUGACCAAUAGGAGGGGGCCCACCAAAGGUAACUGAGUCACACACAUACAAGCACAGAUGUAGACACGCGUACACACACAUAUACACAUAUAUACACAUAUACAGGUAAACACACACACACAUAUACACACAUAUACAUAUACACACAUACAGUGGGGAGAACAAGUAUUUGAUACACUGCCGAUUUUGCAGGUUUUCCUAUUUACAAAGCCUGUAGAGGUCUGUAAUUUUUAUCAUAGGUACACUUAAACUGUGAGAGACGGAAUCUAAAACAAAAAUCCAGAAAAUCACAUUGUAUGAUUUUUAAGUAAUUAAUUUGCAUUAAGGACAUCAAGAAUAAAAUUGUAGACCUGCACAAGGCUGGGAUGGGCUACAGGACAAUAGGCAAGCAGCUUGGUGAGAAGGCAACAACUGUUGGCGCAAUUAUUAGAAAAUGGAAGAAGUUCAAGAUGACGGUCAAUCACCCUCGUUCUGGGGCUCCAUGCAAGAUCUCACCUCGUGGGGCAUCAAUGAUCAUGAGGAAGGUGAGGGAUCAGCCCAGAACUACACGGCAGGACCUGGUCAAUGACCUGAAGAGAGCUGGGACCACAGUCUCAAAGAAAACCAUUAGUAACACACUACGCCGUCAUAGAUUAAAAUCCUGCAGCGCACGCAAAGUCCCCCUGCUCAAGCCAGCGCAUGUCCAGGCCUGUCUGAAGUUUGCCAAUGACCAUCUGGAUGAUCCAGAGGAGGAAUGGGAGAAGGUCAUGUGGUCUGAUGAGACAAAAAUAUAGCUUUUUGGUCUAAACUCCACUCGCCGUGUUUGGAGGAAGAAGAAGGAUGAGUACAACCCCAAGAACACCAUCCCAACCGUGAAGCAUGGAGGUGGAAACAUCAUUCUUUGGGGAUGCUUUUCUGCAAAGGGGACAGGACGACUGCACCGUAUUGAGGGGAGGAUGGAUGGGGCCAUGUAUCGCGAGAUCUUGGCCAACAACCUCCUUCCCUCAGUAAGAGCAUUGAAGAUGGGUCUUGGCUGGGUCUUCCAGCAUGACAACGACCCGAAACACACAGCCAGGGCAACUAAGGAGUGGCUCCGUAAGAAGCAUCUCAAGGUCCUGGAGUGGCCUAGCCAGUCUCCAGACCUGAACCCAAUAGAAAAUAUUUGGAGAGAGCUGAAAGUCCGUAUUGCCCAGCGACAACCCCGAAACCUGAAGGAUCUGGAGAAGGUCUGUAUGGAGGAGUGGGCCAAAAUCCCUGCUGCAGUGUGUGCAAACCUGGUCAAGACCUACAGGAAACGUAUGAUCUCUGUAAUUGCAAACAAAGGUUUCUGUACCAAAUAUUAAGUUAUGCUUUUCUGAUGUAUCAAAUACUUAUGUCAUGCAAUAAAAUGCAAAUUAAUUACUUAAAAAUCAUACAAUGUGAUUUUCUGGAUUUUUGUUUUAGAUUCCGUCUCUCACAGUUGAAGUGUACCUAUGAUACAAAUUACAGACCUCUACAUGCUUUGUAAGUAGGAAAACCUGCAAAAUCGGCAGUGUAUCAAAUACUCCCCACUGUAUACACACAUACACACAUAUACACACAUAUAUACACACACACACACAUAUACACGCAUAUACACACACACAUACACAUAUACACACACACAUAUACACACACAUACACAUAUACAGACAUAUACACACGUACAUACACAUAUACACACACAUACACACACACACAUACAGUUGAAGUCAGAAGUUUACAUACACUUAGGUUGGAGUCAUUAAAACUUGUUUUUCAACCACUCCACAAAUUUCUUUUUAACAAACUAUUGUUUUGGCAAGGCAGUUAGGACAUCUACUUUGUGCAUGACACAAGUAAUAUUUCCAACAAUUGUUUACUGUCACGCCCUGGCUCUAGGGACUCUUUUAUGUUGAGCCAGGGUGUGUAGAGUCUAUGUUUUGUGCUCUUUGUUUUCCAUUCUAGGUCUUGUAUUUCUAUGUUGGCCAGAGUGGUUCCCAAUCAGAGGCAACGAGUGUCAGCUGUUGCUUGUUGUCUCUGAUUGGGAACCAUAUUUAAACAGUCUGUUUUCCCUCAGUGUUUGUGGGAUCUUGUUCCGUGUUCCAGUGUGGUUUGUGUAGACCGUGGACGUCACGUUAUCGUUUGUUGUUUUGUUUCGUGGAAUCACUAAAUAAAAAGUAUGUUAGCAUUCAACGCUGCGCCUUGGUCCUCUGUUCCCGACGAUCGUGACAGAAGAUCCCACCAAAACUGGACCAAGCAGCGUGAAGAGGAGAGAGGAAGGACUUGGGAUCAGUGGAGUAGGAGUCUCGACUGGGCCAAGCCAAGUGAAGAGCAGAGAGGUUGGACUAUGGAGCAGUGGAUUAAGAGUCUCGACUGGGCCAAGCCAAGUGAAGAGCAGAGAGGUUGGACUUUGGAGCAGUGGGGUGAGAGUCUGGCGAGAACUAGGGAGGCCUGGUCCACGGGGAGGAGAGACCCCCAGAACAUUUUUAGGGGGGGGCUCACGCCGUGGACGACGGGGCAGCAGGAGGCCGCGAUGGAGCGGUCCAGCGGGUGUGCAGAGGAGGCCGCCAGGUUAAGGGGGCCACUGGUCACAGAGGAGAGGGAAAGUGUGGAGGCACGGCGAGAGGUACUGGGGUGUGUUACCAGUCCGGUCCGGCCCGUUCCUGAUCCCUGCGUAGGGCCAGUGGUGUGUGUCCCCAGUACGGUCCGGCCUGUUCCUGUUCCUCGCAUCGAGCCUGUGGUGCGUGUCGUCAGCCCGGCCCGGCCUGUUCCUGCUCCCCGCACCGAGCCUAUGGUGCGCGUCGCCAGCCCGGCCCGGCCUGUUCCUGCUCCCCGCACCAAGCCUAUGGUGCGCGUCGCCAGCCCGGCCCGGCCUGUUCCUGCUCCCCGCACCAAACCUAUGGUGCGCGUCGCCAGCCCGGUCCGGCCUGUUCCUGCUCCCCGCACCAAGCCGAUGGUGCGCAUCGCCAGCCCGGUCCGGCCUGUUCCUGCUCCCCGCACCAAGCCGAUGGGGCGUGUCGCCAGUCCGGCCCGGUCUGUUCAUGCUCCCCGCACCAAGCCUAUGGUGCGCGUCGCCAGCCCGGCCCGGCCUGUUCCUGCUCCCCGCACCGAGCCUAUGGUGCGCGUCGCCAGCCCGGUCCGGCCUGUUCCCCGCACCAAGCCGAUGGUGCGCGUCGCCAGUCCGGCCCGGUCUGUUCCUGCUCCCCGCACCAAGUCAGUGGUGCACGUCGCCAGCCCGGCCCGGUCCAUUCCUGCUCUCCGCACCAAGUCAGUGGUACGUUUCGUCAGCCCGGCUCGGCCUGUUCCUGCUCCCCACACCAAGCCAGUGGUGUGCGUCGUCAGUCCGGCACGGCCCGUGCCUGUUCCACCGGUGCCUGGUCCGGUACCGGUCAGCUGCUCCACGUCGGAGCUAGAGCAAUCCGCUCCACCAGUGUUCAGUCCAGCUCCGGCCAGCAGGGCCAGACCGGACCAGGGGUACUGUGGGGGGUUAGAGAGGGAGUGGGGAUCAUGCCCAGAGCCGGAUCCGCCGCCAAGGCGGAGUGCCCACCCGGUCCCUCCCCUGUGGUGUUCUGUUGGCGCGGUCGGAGUCCGCGCCUUUGGGGGGGGGUACUGUCACGCCCUGGCUCUAGGGACUCUUUUAUGUUGAGCCAGGGUGUGUAGAGUCUAUGUUUUGUGCUCUUUGUUUUCCAUUCUAGGUCUUGUAUUUCUAUGUUGGCCAGAGUGGUUCCCAAUCAGAGGCAACGAGUGUCAGCUGUUGCUGGUUGUCUCUGAUUGGGAACCAUAUUUAAACAGUCUGUUUUCCCUCAGUGUUUGUGGGAUCUUGUUCCGUGUUCCAGUGUGGUUUGUGUAGACCGUGGACGUCACGUUAUCGUUUGUUGUUUUGUUUCGUGGAAUCACUAAAUAAAAAGUAUGUUCGCAUUCAACGCUGCGCCUUGGUCCUCUGUUCCCGACGAUCGUGACAUUUACAGACAGAUUAUUUCACUUAUAAUUCACUGUAUCACAAUUCCAGUGGGUCAGAAGUUUACAUACACUAAGUUGACUGUGCCUUUAAACAGCUUGGAAAAUUCCAGAAAAUGAUGUCAUGGCUUUAGAAGCUUCUGAUAGGCUAAUUGACAUAAUUUGAGUCAAUUGGAGGUGUCCCUGUGGAUGUAUUUCAAGGCCUACCUUCAAACUCAGUGCCUCUUUGCUUGGCAUCAGGGGAAAAUCAAAAGAAAUCAGCCAGACCUCCACAAGUCUGGUUCAUCCUUGGGAGCAAUUUCCAAACGCCUGAAGGUACCACGUUCAUCUGUACAAACAAUAGUACGCAAGUAUAAACACCAUGGGACCACGCAGCCGUCAUACCGCUCAGGAAGGAGACGCGUUCUGUCUCCUAGAGAUGAAUGUACUUUCGUGCGAAAAGUGCAAAUCAAUCCCAGAACAACAGCAAAGGACCUUGUGAAGAUGCUGGAGGAAACAGGUACAAAAGUAUCUAUAUCCACAGUAAAACGAGUCCUAUAUCGACAUAACCUGAAAGGCCGCUAUGCAAGGAAGAAGCAACUGCUCCAAAACCGCCAUAAAAAAGCCAGACUACGGUUUGCAACUGCACAUGGGGACAAAGAUCGUACUUUUUGGAGAAAUGUCCUCUGGUCUGAUGAAACAAAAAUAGAACUGUUUGGCCAUAAUGACCAUCGUUAUGUUUGGAGGAAAAAGGGGGAUGCUUGCAAGCCGAAGAACACCAACCCAACCAUGAAGCACGGAGGUGGCAGCGUCAUGCUGUGGGGGUGGUUUGCUGCAGGAGGGACUGGUGCACUUCACAAAAUAGAUGGCAUCAUGAGGAAGGAAAUGAUGUGGAUAUAUUGAAGCAACAUCUCAAGACAUCAGUCAGGAAGUUAAAGCAUGGUCGCAAAUUGGUCUUCCAAAUGGACAAUGACCCCAAGCAUACUUCCAAAGUUGUGGCAAAAUGGCUUAAGGACAACAAAGUCAAGGUAUUGGAGUGGCCAUCACAAAGCCUUGACCUCAAUCCCAUAGAAAAUGUGUGGGCAGAACUGAAAAAGCGUGUGCGAGCAAGGAGGCCUACAAACCUGACUCAGUUACACCAGCUCUGUCAGGAGGAAUGGGCCAAAAUUCACCCAAUUUAUUGUGGGAAGCUUGUGGAAGGCUACCUGAAACGUUUGACCCAAGUUAAACAAUUUAAAGACAAUGCUACCAAAUACUAAUUGAGUGUAUGUAAACUUCUGACCCACUGGGAAUGUGAUGAAAUAAAUAAAAGCUGAAAUAAAUAAUUAUUUCUACUAUUAUUCUGACAUUUCACAUUCUUAAAAUAAAGUGGUGAUCCUAACUGACCUAAAACAGGGACUUUUUACUAGGAUUAAAUGUCAGGAAUUGUGAAAAACUGAGUUUAAAUGUAUUUGGCUAAGGUGUAUGUAAACUUCCGACUUCAACUGUGUAUACACACAUAUACACACACACACACACAUAUACACACACAUAUACACACAUAUACACACGUACAGUGGGGGAAAAAAGUAUUUAGUCAGCCACCAAUUGUGCAAGUUCUCCCACUUAAAAAGAUGAGAGAGGCCUGUAAUUUUCAUCAUAGGUACACGUCAACUAUGACAGACAAAUUGAGAAUUUUUUUUCCAGAAAAUCACAUUGUAGGAUUUUUAAUGAAUUUAUUUGCAAAUUAUGGUGGAAAAUAAGUAUUUGGUCACCUACAAACAAGCAAGAUUUCUGGCUCUCACAGACCUGUAACUUCUUCUUUAAGAGGCUCCUCUGUCCUCCACUCGUUACCUGUAUUAUUGGCACCUGUUUGAACUUGUUAUCAGUAUAAAAGACACCUGUCCACAACCUCAAACAGUCACACUCCAAACUCCACUAUGGCCAAGACCAAAGAGCUGUCAAAGGACACCAGAAACAAAAUUGUAGACCUGCACCAGGCUGGGAAGACUGAAUCUGCAAUAGGUAAGCAGCUUGGUUUGAAGAAAUCAACUGUGGGAGCAAUUAUUAGGAAAUGGAAGACAUACAAGACCACUGAUAAUCUCCCUCGAUCUGGGGCUCCACGCAAGAUCUCACCCCGUGGGGUCAAAAUGAUCACAAGAUCGGUGAGCAAAAAUCACAGAACCACACGGGGGGACCUAGUGAAUUACCUGCAGAGAGCUGGGACCAAAGUAACAAAGCCUACCAUCAGUAACACACUACACCGCCAGGGACUCAAAUCCUGCAGUGCCAGACGUUUCCCCCUGCUUAAGCCAGUACAUGUCCAGGCCCGUCUGAAGUUUGCUAGAGUGCAUUUGGAUGAUCCAGAAGAGGAUUGGGAGAAUGUCAUAUGGUCAGAUGAAACCAAAAUAUAACUUUUUGGUAAAAACUCAACUCGUCGUGUUUGGAGGACAAAGAAUGCUGAGUUGCAUCCAAAGAACACCAUACCUACUGUGAAGCAUGGGGGUGGAAACAUCAUGCUUUGGGGCUGUUUUUCUGCAAAGGGACCAGGACGACUGAUCCGUGUAAAGGAAAGAAUGAAUGGGGCCAUGUAUCGUGUGAUUUUUUUGUGAAAACCUCCUUCCAUCAGCAAGGGCAUUGAAGAUGAAACGUUGCUGGGUCUUUCAGCAUGACAAUGAUCCCAAACACACCGCCCGAGCAACGGGCGCAGAAGCAUUUCAAGGUCCUGGAGUGGCCUAGCCAGUCUCCAGAUCUCAACCCCAUAGAAAAUCUUUGGAGGGAGUUGAAAGUCCGUGUUGCCCAGCGACAGCCCCAAAACAUCACUGCUCUAGAGGAGAUCUGCAUGGAGGAAUGGGCCAAAAUACCAGCAACAGUGUGUGAAAACCUUGUGAAGACUUACAGAAAACGUUUGACCUAUGUCAUUGCCAACAAAGGGUAUAUAACAAAGUAUUGAGAAACUUUUGUUAUUGACCAAAUACUUAUUUUCCACCAUAAUUUGCAAAUAAAUUCAUAAAAAAUCCUACAAUGUGAUUUUCUGGAUUUUUUUUCCUCAUUUUGUCUGUCAUAGUUGACGUGUAUCUAUGAUGAAAAUUACAGGCCUCUCUCAUCUUUUUAAGUGGGAGAACUUGCACAAUUGGUGGCUGACUAAAUACUAUUUUUCCCCACUGUACAUGUGUAUGCACACACAGAUGUAUUGUACACACAAAGAACUCAUAGAACACACACAGUAGACACACACAGGCAGACACACACAGGUAGACACACGCACACACACACAGGUAAACAUACACACACACACACACAGGUAGACACAAACAGGCAGACACACACAGGUAGACACACACAGACAGACACAAACAUACAUACUGAAUUCAAAAAGAUGCAAAACUUUAACCCCUUUCGGUGACAAACAGAAAGUCACCCAUUCCAGUCCCAUCACUUCCUCUCCUCCAUCUAUCACUUCCUCUCCUCCAUCUAUCUCUUCCUCUCCUCCAUCUAUCUCUUCCUCUCCUCCAUCUAUCUCUUCCUCUCCUCCAUCUAUCUCUUCCUCUCCUCCAUCUAUCUCUUCCUCUCCUCCAUCUCUCUCUUCCUCUCCUCCAUCUAUCUCUUCCUCUCCUCCAUCUAUCUCUUCUUCUACUUCUGAUACUCUUUCAUCCUCCUGUUCUCCUCCCCUGGACUCUGUUGUUGUUGUGGGUCUGUGUACCUACGGCUGUAGACCCAGCUUUGAUGAAAAGGUCCCCCUCAUCAGAAAGCAAUGGUGGAAAGCCAGGUAGGAUCUGUCCCCUCUAACAUGGCCUGCUUUGUGCAACCCUACUGA